CGCCAAUAAACGGAUUCGCGAGCAUGUGUUGGAACACAAUAGAAGUCUGUCUGUGGACAUGUAGUUCCAUCCAAAAUAUGAGCAUAUUCGUUCUCAGACGUUUCUCUAUAAAUGCGUAACUAGAUAUUAGAGAACGAAAGGGAAAAACAUGAAAAGUACAAAAAAUUCAGAUACAAGGAACAAGUCUUCGAUUAGCAACCGAAACGAAAGUCGAGCAGAGGAGGAGGAGGAGGAGGCUCGCGAUCGAGCGUGAAACACGUGUAAUACCGUGUAUAAGGAACGUAGGCUUCAAUGCGACGAACUUUAGAGUAAAACGUUAAUCGAUCCUGUGGCGAAGAAAAUUAAAUCCAGGGUGCGUCAGGACGUAAGAAGUAAAAAAGAGGAAAUAAGCGUGUCGUGUUCGAAUAUUUGUAAGAAACAAAAGCGUGUCGGCCGAAAAAAAAACACCUAUCGAACAUGGCUUCGAACAAUUCUGAAGUCCGUUCGAACUUGAUUCAAGUGAAGAAAGAACCCGGCAGUCCCGGCACGUCUGUAUCGUCGGCGUCGUCGACGUCGACGUCGGUGCCGCUUUCAGAGAGGGUGACGAGCAUUAAAAUGGAGCCGGGCGUACCCACCACCGCCACCACCACCACCACGCAGAGGCUGACAUCCUUCCGGCUACCGCGGGACCUGACACUAGGUGGAAACGUUAAGACUGAAAAACCGAAGAAGGUGUACACGCCAAAUCUCAACGUGCAGAGGAAGAAGAAGGACGAUUCGAGUCCAAAUUUAGUCAAAGCCGAGACGGUAAAAGUGAGAAACAGCGAUCGCGGAAGAGAACGAGGGAGAGGGGAGAGAGGACGUGGAAGAGGAGACUCAGGAAAUAUAAUACAGUCUGUUGGUGUAUGGUCAGAAGGAAUAUACACAGCACCUGCCAGUCGUAAAAAGAGUGAAAGUUCUGGUAGAGCUUCCAGUAGCACAGCAAAUGCUGCAAAAUACCUGGAGAAAUCAAAACUAAAUAAGAUUACCGAUAAGAUAGAAGACGAGAUGAGAUUAAAGAAUCUCUUAAGGGACGAUUUUAUCGACGACGGUCCAGAUGUUGAUGACAAGAUGUUUCCUCUUAUGCUGCCACGAGUUAAAAAGGAUAUAUAUGAUACAAUUGAUAAUGACGAGAUUGAUAAGAAACCGAUCAUUUCGGAAAAUGGUGAAAUAAUGAAUAUAGAAGAGGAAAAGGAGACCAAACAAGAGAGAAAGGAAGACCUAACCAUUUCUCAAAUAAUCGAGAACAAGGCUAAUUCUUAUACCUUAAUACAGUUUCCAGAAUCCUUGCCAGGUUUGGAGUCUAGUAGAGAGGAAACAGGAUCGAAACAGUCAAACAAUUCUAAUACUCGUAGCGAGAGUGAUAAUAAAGCAAAAAGCGAGCUGUGUACUUUGAACAGUUUACAAAGUGGUCUCUUAGGCAAACUCGAGAUUUUCAAGUCUGGUAAAGCGAGAUUACGUCUGGGCGAGAUGAGUUUUUUCGUCGAUAUUGGCGCGCAGCAACGUUUUCAACAAGACCUUUUAGCUGUAAAAAUAGACGCUACAUCACAAACCGGUGAUCUUAUCAAUCUUGGCCAAGUGAACAAUAAGUUAAUUUGUUCACCAGACUUCGAAUCCACGUUAGAAAAUUCAUAAGAUUCUGUAAAUAUGUAUAUCAUCUUUAAUAAAAACGUUUGUAUAUAAAAGGAUGUUGCAGGAAA